UAAAAUUUAUUAUUCGAUCUUUCUCUCUUGUCCGGUCGGUGAAACGCGAAUACGAGGGAUCGAAAGUAAUGGAAGUGGCGUGUGGUGCGAGACGCGUGUUCAUGGCGUAAUUCAAAAAUUCGCAACGCUUUCGUGAGAACGGUUAAUACGACGGCGUGCUAGUGUCGUUGACGUUUCGUGUGUCAGUGUCCUCUCUCUCUGUUUCCCACUCUUACGUUUGCCCUUUCUCGAUUCGAUCCUUUUCUAUCUCGUCCCUUCUAUAUACGUUAACCAUUGUACGACAAGCCGCGUCGUUGCUGCAAUGCCAGAUGACAGGUGCGAGGCGCUACCAUUGCUGUCUGUUAACGAGUCCUUUGAGUGUCCUGCAAAUUUAGGAUACGCCACAGAAUGACGAGCGCACGGUUGUUCUACCGGAAGGGCGGCGAAGAGGACCGAAGACGACGACCACGACGACGUUCUCGAAUUCCCUCGCGCUAGCGGUGGGCUAUGAGCGCUGACAAUGGGGACGACUCCUUGCCCACGUGGCGUUUAUGGGGCGAGGAAAGGGGCGAUGGCGUUAUAUACACGGUGUACCUGAAGAAGGUCCGCUAUCACAGGCCGACCAGGAGUCUCUCUGCAUCGGAUUCGGACGACGAGAUUUCUCACUUGGAAUGGGAGACGGUGAGAGUGCGUUUCCUGAAAGCGGGCACGGUGCAACGUUUGGUGGAGAGCCUGGCGAACGACGAUGGGGAACUCGAGUCUACGUACAUCAAUGUCUUUUUGGCGACAUAUCGUGCAUUCACGACCCCGCGAGAAGUGCUGGAGCUAUUGUUGGCGAGGUACGAUGCCCUCGACGAAGGAUCCGGAGCCCUGACAGGUGAACAGCAUCGGAAGACACUGGUGCAGGCUCUUCACGUCUGGUUGGACGCCUAUCCCGGCGAUUGGAAGUCGCCUCCGAGUCAUCCGCUGCUCAGUAGACUCUUGGAUUUCACGCAUCGGCGGCUUCCAGGCUCGGAACUCGAGCUCAAGGCAAGGCAUCGGUUGCACAGGUUUCAGCGUGAAGAUCAGAUAGAUUCGUGCAUGGUAUACGACAAUGGUCGACUACCACGCGGUUCCCCAGAUCCUAUCAUGGAUCAUUGGGCGAACUACAGUUUCCCGGAAGUUCCGCAUCGACAUUUCGCCGAGCAGUUGACCCGGAUGGACGCCGAGGUGUUCAAGAAGCUCGUGGCCCACCAGUGUCUAGGCGCUGUCUGGUCUAGAAGGGAUCGUUCGAGGAGUCACGACGCAGCCACCGUUUUGGCGACCGUGAAUCAGUUCAACGCUGUUUCGCUUCGAGUCAUAUCCACGAUACUGAUGGAUCCGACAACGAAGCCUCAAGAGCGAGCGAGGAUCCUCGAGACGUGGAUUGACAUUGCUCAAGAGCUACGCGUGCUGAAGAAUUUUAGUAGCCUGAAGGCUAUCGUGUCCGGUCUACAGAGUAACCCCGUGUAUAGGUUGGAGAAGUGCUGGCAGUGUAUGCCCAGGGAGAAGCACGAGCUAUUCAGGGAACUGGAGAGAAUCUUCUCGGAGGAGAACAACGCGUGGACACAGCGAGAGCUUUUAAUUAAGGAGGGUACGGCCAAGUUUGCGGACACUGCCGGGAGAAGCGAUAGGCACUUGCAGAAAUUGUUCCAGAAGCAAAAUACUCAUGCGGGCAAUAUCAGCUACGGGACGAUACCGUAUCUAGGAACUUUCCUCACGGAUCUCACUAUGAUAGACACCGCGAUACCGGAUACGAUAGCCGAGGGUUUAAUCAACUUUGACAAGAGGCGAAAAGAAUUCGAGGUCCUCGCUAGGAUAAGAUUGCUUCAAGGCGCCGCUAACGCGUACAACUUCAGCACAGAUUCGUUGUUCGAUCGUUGGUUCCACUCCGUGGUGGUGCUGGAUGAUCGAGAAGCAUACAAACUCAGCUGUCAGAUCGAGCCGCCACCUCCAGGAAACACUCUUAGCAAUCGCGGCAAGAAGAAGCAGAGUCAUCAGGGUCAUCGUAAAAACGACUCGAUAGCCUCUACAUCGAGUUCGAGCAGCUCCCAGUUUUAUUGCGACCUAGAUUCUCUACCCAGCUCGCCGCACAACUCUCUCGAUCGACGCACAUCGCCGUCUCAGAUGUCUAGUUCUUCCUCCAGCUCGUCUUUGCCAUCCUUGGACGUGUCUCUGAGUUCCGGCGGAGGAAGUGGAGCAACGGGGAAUCAGCACAACCGAUUAGCACCGCCAACUGCCAUCACCGCUAACGGAAAUAGCCCUAAUAUCGUUGGCUUGUCCAGUCCGAGUCAUUCGCACAAGAGUUCGCCAGAUUUUUACAUAAUCAAGGUCACCAUGGAGAGCGACAACGUUGAGACGGAGGGAGUAGUGCUGUACAAGUCGAUCAUGCUGUCGAACAACGAGAGGACGCCACAAGUGAUACGCAACGCGAUGCUUAAACUGGGGAUAGAGGGCAGUCCUGAUCAGUACACGUUGGCUCAGGUACUCCCUGAUCGCGAGAUGGUAUUGCCAAACUCGGCGAAUGUUUACUACGCCGUAAAUACCGCGCACAAUCUGAACUUCAUUCUACGACCUAGAAGAGAGCCUAACGAUAGCGCUACGGAGAGCCCUAAGAGCAAGACGAGUCACAAGCGGUAGUGUCGAACGCUGAGAAGAUAGUAUACUUGGUAAUUAACAUUUCGCCAUGUUGCGUCGAGAUCGGGUGGAACAUUCGCAGCGAUAUCACGCUGAAACGUUUAGACGAGAUUUAUUUAUUCUUCGCGCGCAUUUCCACGCGAGAGGAUCGCGAAGAACUGUUGUACGGCUGAGAAACUGAAAGAAUCUCAUUAGGUUUGCGACGAUGCGUUCAUCGUCGUCUCCCUUACUUCUUACCCAUGACAGUACCUACCAAUGUUCGUUACACCGCCCAGGUCUGUUUAAAGUGAUAGUUGCGAAAGACGCGUCAACAGCGAUGCACCGAAUCGAACACAGUUGAAUCGAGUCUUUGCUAUCGACUUCUCUUUUUUUAUAUCGUCGUCACUCGUCCAUCGCAUAUUUAUGUUAACACGACGUUACCCGCCUACACGGUACUCGAAUAUGACAUUAGCGUUAAUUGCGCGUUUCGCGGACUAAUGUAGUUUUAGGUAUAUUUAGCAGAAGUCAUUUAGGUCUCCUAUCGGCGCACACGCGAAACGAACAAAGACAAACGAGAAAGAGGUAGCUUGCAAGGUGCGCGUAGCAUUCGUGUGUAGUCACGUGUAAUUUAUACAAGAAAUCUAUGGCGGAUUCCAAGAGAUUACGGCGAAGAGUAUCGCGACGAGCGUGUAAUACGUAUCCGCGGGAGGAACAUUGUGAUUUUGUACAUAACCUUAGUUUCGUAGUGUGGCUUCGAGAGCAGUCGAUCGGCCGCGGGAAUCAAGUGGACCCAAUGAAACAUAUUGUCAAUUACUUUUUGCUGCAUCGCGAUUAAAAUGAAAUUAAGAAAAACCAAAAAAAAAGAAAAAAAAAAGGAAGAAAAGAAAAGGAAAAGAAAGAGGUCUAAAAUUGUUCAAGCAACCAUUCGUCCAUUCCGUGAUUCAUUUUUCUUGCCCCGCAUCCGUGACAGAGAUGCGAGGAACAAAGAAAUUCAAUUCUGUGAUAUUGGAAUUCCUCAUUUCGGCUUUGGCACUAAUCACGAAAUAUCAUAAAACCGAAAUCGAGUACAUGCAUAAACGUUUGAAGCGAAUGAAUAUCGAAUACUCGUUCCGAUAUCGAAGCUGGGGCACAUUAGAACGCGUGUGAACGUAAGUUGAUAUAUUUUUACAAGGACCUGCAUGCAUUUCGUAAUAGAACAAGGGAAAACAAAGCACAGAAGAACAAUAACCGCGGGAUCAAGGCGAGCCGGCGCCCCUCGCGAACACGAGCGUCGUCGCGUCUCGAUCCCCGAUGCAUCGUUUAGCUUAGGCAAUUUUGUACUUACCUCUUAUCGACCCUAAUUUCCCCGGAUCGUCUCUAACUAGCUAUAUCUGUUCGUGUACGCGUCAAUUCUUUAUUGAAAUUCCCGCAACUUAUGUGUAAUGCGAGUCGAUAAAAGUGAGAAUAGA